AUGUUCCGGGUAAAUCAAUCUCUUUGUUCUAUUCGAUUAAUUUCUAAUAAUUUAAUCCGAUGUCUUCCUCGUGUUGCUACAUCUACGGAACAACCAACAGUCGAAAAAACAUCUGAUUAUGCAGUAAUUAAUUCAUCAAAACAAUCACAAAAAGUUGUAUUUAAUGAUUAUAAUGUUAUUAAACCAGUUUCAUCUGGUAAAAUUCAAUCACGACCCAUACCUAAAUCAGUACCAAAAUUAAUCGAUGUACAAACUGGUUUAAAUGAAUUUAUGAAAGAAUGUGAUGAACGAAUGUUAUUAACUACAAUUGAAAAUAAAUAUAAACUAUUUGAUAAUAAUAAUGUUGCAACUUUUAUUCAACGUCUUCAUGAAUUAAAUAUAAAACGUGAUUCGAAUGAAAGACAUCAUCAACGAAUGUACGAUUUUGUUGAUUAUUUUGUAUUAAAACAUGGUCAACAACUCGAUUUUGGACAUGUUCUAACUAUAUAUUUUCAAUUGGCUUCGUUAAAUGGUAAUCUUAGUCUUACAUCAAAUUCUGGAAAUUACGCACUUAAAGCUCUUAUUCAAUUAUUAAAACAUAAUAUUAAUAAAUAUCAUUUACAAGACACGGGUCGUAUAUUAUUAUCAAUUGAAAAUGAUCUUCAUUGUAAUAUACAUGAAGAUGAACGUAUUCGACCAUUAUUUGAAGCACUUCUUCUUCUAACAAAAUUUCGUCAAAAUGAACUUGAUCGUUUAGAUGCUCGAUCAUUAGCUGAAUUAGCUUAUGUUUUUGCAUCUGAACUUGAUCAUAUAUAUUUUACAAAUCUAUUAAAUGAAUAUAAUCAUGAUGAAUUUUAUCAUGAUAAAUAUUCUACAAUGCUUAUGUUUCGUGCAUUAAAUCGUCGUGGUUAUAAACAUAAUCGAACAUUAGAUAUUUGUCUUCAUUUUGUACAUGAAAACAAAGAAAUGUUUGUUGAAGAAAUGGAUGAAAUUAAACAAUAUUUAAAUAAACUUGAUUACGUUAUAUCAGAGGAAUAA